GUCUCUCCGGCCCGCUGCGGGCCGCUCCGGCGGGUGCCUUGCCCGGGCGCCUCUGUCCGCUCCGUCAACGGCCUCUGAGAGCGCCCACCCGAGCGCCCCGGGAGCCAGCGGGCGGCAGCCCUCGCCGAGGACCCUCCAGCGGGCCCAGGGGGACAUAAGUGGCUCUAAAUCCAGCACAUGCACAUUGAAGCAAGUUAAAGGAUUUAAUAUGAAGCACAGAAGCAGAUAGUGCCAAACAGCAAGCAGUACUUGGUACACAUUUCUGGAAAAGCAGUGUCCGUGUUGUUAUGUACACCUCCAAAAAAGUUCAGAUCUGUAGGGGAAUUGUUGUGUAAAGUAAACUGAACUACAGGGUAGCAGUAUUUUAAUAGCUAUUAUAGACGUGUAUUUACUGUAUUAAACAUGAGUAACAGAACAAGCAUUGACACACCAUUAGGAAGCAUUUUCUAUUUUGGAGCAACUUUCUUUCUACUGCGUUUCCCUGGAGCAUGGAUCCUUCUCUAAUUUAGAAGAGUGAGUGGGGCAGCAUUUCCUUCUCCUACUGCUGCUGAGAUGGCGGAAAUUAGUCGAAUUCAGUAUGAAAUGGAAUACACCGAAGGUAUUAGUCAGCGAAUGAGGGUCCCGGAAAAAUUAAAGGUAGCACCACCCAAUGCUGACCUGGAACAGGAAUUCCAAGAAGGAGUUCCGAAUGCUAGUGUGGUUAUGCAGGUUCCAGAGAGGAUUGUUGUAGCAGGAAAUAAUGAAGACAUUCCAUUUUCAAGACCAGCAGAUCUUGACCUUAUUCAGUCAACUCCUUUUAAAUCUCUGGCGCUGAAAACACCGCCUCGUGUGCUUACGCUAAGUGAAAGACCACUAGAUUUUCUGGAUUUAGAAAGACCUCCUCCAACCCCUCAAAAUGAAGAAGUCCGUGCAGUUGGCAGGCUAAAAAGAGAGCGUUCUAUGAGUGAGAAUGCCGUUCGCCAGAACGGACAGCUGGUCAGAACCGACUCCAUGUGGCACAGAUCAGAUUCUGCCCCAAGAAAUAAAAUUUCAAGGUUCCAGGCACCGAUUUCUGCACCGGAGUACACUGUGACACCGUCGCCACAACAGGUUCGGGUCUGUCCUCCCCAUAUGUUACCUGAAGAUGGAGCUAACCUUUCCUCUGCUCGUGGCAUUUUGUCGCUUAUCCAGUCUUCUACUCGUAGGGCUUACCAGCAGAUCUUGGAUGUGCUGGAGGAAAAUCGCAGUGUGAGAAGACAAAAUGAAAUACGUUGUGAAAGACCUGUGUUGCGUGGUGGGUCUGCUGCCGCCACUUCUAAUCCUCAUCAUGACAACGUCAGGUAUGGCAUUUCAAAUGUAGACACAACAGUUGAAGCAACUUCAGAUGACAUGACUGUUGUAGAUGCAGCUUCAUUAAGACGACAGAUAAUCAAACUAAAUAGACGUCUACAGCUUCUGGAAGAGGAGAACAAAGAACGUGCUAAGAGAGAGAUGGUCGUGUAUUCCAUCACUGUGGCGCUCUGGCUGCUUAAUAGCUGGCUCUGGUUUCGCCGCUAGAUGUAACCUCAGCUCUCGAAAACAUUGUCUCAACUGGACAUAUAAAGAAUUUGCAAACCUCUUUGUUUCUGUCUUUGCAUUGUAUGCCGUUUUAUAGUCCGUGCCCUGAAAGUGUAUUUCUUCCAGAAAGGAGGGGGGGACUUGAAUUUGCAGAAGUAAAGGUAUAUUCUGACACUCAGCUGUAUUCACUUUUAACCAGUUCUGCAGUAACACCUACUUAAUAUUCUCCCUUUGCAUGUUUUGUAAGUAGGCUCUAGUUUGGGGUUUUUUUGAGGAAUUAAUUUUUUGCCUCAUCAGUCUGUACAACUGAUUCUCUGAAUGGGAGAGAGAGUGCAUAGAGAACAGACUUAGAAAAGUAUCUGUAAAAGAAAAAUAAUACUUUAUUUUGUCCUAUUUCUCAAACUAUUAAAUAAUUUUGUUAAUAGACAUUUUUGCAUCCACAUUUUAUCAUUAACACUUCUGAAGUCAUGGUCUGGUGUCAUAUUUAAUAAAAUCAAGCCACUUCAUGUUUCAUGAUCACCUUCAUUAAAAUAAUUCCUAACGUUUUCAGCAGUUUAUCUAAUAUUUGUGUAAAAUGUGCAUUCUUAUUUUUAUUUUAGUUUUGCAGAUGGUUUUCUAUAAAGUAUGUUUUUACUAAUUCCAUGUGUGAAUGAUUUAAAAAACUAUGGAGUAAGGUAGUAUUUAAUAAACUGUCAACCAAAGCAAUAUUUGUCUAUCAAAA